UUCUGUAAUCGGGAUGAGAGGAAGAGAGCACGUUGCCUGACUUAGGAUGGCAGAGCCUAUGUUGGGACCUGGCUGGUGAGGCAAUCUGAAUGGACAGUAGGAGAAAUGAAGGGAGGGGGGAAGGCUAGAGCCAGAGGAAGUUUGGGAAACUUUACCAGUACCUGCUAAGCGCCAACAAGAAGACUGGGAGGUCCUUUAAAAGGCGAUGUUUUGACUACCGAGAGAAAAUUCAAAGAAGAGGACGAAAGCAUGGCGCGAUUGGUUUAGGAUGUAGGCGCUCUGCAGCCGUCCUGACUCCCCGCUGUGGUCCCAAGCAGAAGGGGUUUCAAUGGCUACUGCGAACGACGACCCACACCUGGGCAGGGGCCCGUCGGAGGACUCGGAGAUCGUCCUGGACGACUCCGACUCGGGGAGCGUGCUCUCUGACGACUCGGUGCUGCCUGACUAUGAAGCUGACGCAAAACAUAAAGAACCGCCAAAAACACUGUACGAGGCCUGCGCCAGGAACGACGCCGCUGCCCUGCGCGGCAUCCUGGAGCGAGGAGUCACCAAAGAGGAGGCCAUGGAGCUGGACAUCAACGGCAAGAACGGACUGAUGCUGGCGGUGGGGAAAGGUUACGUGGAUAUUGUCUUCCUGCUGCACAUGUGUCCAUUUAUAGACAUCAACCACCAAGAUAAUGAUGGAAACACUGCUCUCAUGAUUGCUGCUCAGGCAGGCUUCAAUAUCAUCCUGAACUACAUCCUUAACUACUUCCGCGGUGUGGACACUGAAGUCAGGGACCCCCGUGGAUUCACAGCCCUCAUCAAAGCCGGCCUGCAGGGCAGAGAGGAGUGUGUGUGCUCGCUGCUCAUGCAUGGCGCCGAUAUCAACGCGAUCGACUUGGUCCAGGGGAGAGGCCUGAAGGACUGGGUUCUAAAGACCGGCCGCUUUGAGACUCUGGGCCGCCUGCGCCGCCUGCAGAAUCGCCCCAUCGCCGAGCAGUUCUGCGAGAGCUACAUCCCCGAGUGGCCCGACCUGAAGCACCUGGUGGCCAAGGCCACCGCGGCUAAAACGGCCAGCCAGAAGCUGAGGCAGCGCUUAAAAGACAGCAUUUCUUUCACCUUCCCUCAUGACCCCGAAGACAACGGGGUCUUCGACCACAUGGUCCGGAUCACCACCAGCAUCCACAGCCCCCUCAUCGCCACCGCCUGCCACCCGUUCUGUCCCAGCAGCCCCCCGGAGAUCGGCAAGCGGCGUCUCGCCGUGCCCGAACUGCUGGAAAAGCACGACAAGAAGGACUUGGAGGAGAGCACAGUGUCCCACAGCAACGGCUCCAUCACCUCGGCGUCCCCCACGGCGCUGUCAGCCACCUCCGUGUCCCUGACCUCCUGCUGCCAGGACUCGCAGCGCAGGGACAGCGUGGCGCCCGGCGGCAUGAGGAGCUUCAUGCCCCGCAGCAUGGCGCACAGGAACAGCAUCUUCCCGUCGGGCUGCAUCCCCAAGAUCGAGGUGACAAAAUCUGGGGAGCCCACUCCAAAGAAGGAGAAGAAGAAGAAGAGGCAAAAGGGCUACCUGGAGCCUCCGGUCUGGAAAUACAAGGAGGCCAAAGAGGAGAAAAAGAGGGAGAAGAAACAGCAGCAGGAGAAGGAAAAAGAGGAAGAGAAGAAGAAUAAAUCUUCCAAACGUUCAUCGAGCAAAAAGUGAGGCGGUGUUUUCCAGGGAGGCUUUGGCUCCGAUAAUGUCUCACAUGGAAGAUGGAUGUUUGUUCUGGAGUCGGUUUUAUCAGGACACGGCCGAGCUGCGAAAAGAGCAGCUGGAUGGAUUUGAACCUCGUCUCGGGCCGAACGUGACAAAGCUGAAGUGAAAAAGCUGAAAAUGACCCAAACGUUUGGUUUUAGGCACACAGUGACAUGUUUUAGCACGGCUGCUUCUCAUGGAGAAGCACAGACUGCAAACAACCUUCGACAGAAUUUCCUUUUUUUUUUUUAAUUUUGAAAACAUAUUUUUGUGAGAAAUGCACUAAUCUGUAAUUUGUGAACAACUUCAAGGUAGCGUGCCAUCACGGUAUUCAAGAGCAUGAAGCAUAGUAGCCAGUACUGUGAACACAAUAUAACUUAUAUAAUCAAAUGCCUUCCAUAUAUCUAUUUAUGUUCGCAGCUAAAAAUGUGCGAGAUUGUAAGAAAAAGAAAAAAGGCAAACAGUCUGUUUCCAUUUCCAGUUUUUAAAAGCUAACCUUUGUUCUCUCAAACCCAACAUGCAGCAUUGACCAGACGCCUUUAUGUCUUUAUGUUUAGCCCAGACUGUUUUGCUGUGUCAUGCAGGUUAUGUGUGCAAGAUGAUGAUAAAGGAACUGAGUUUUCUCUCUGCAACAUUUUGUCGGAUGGUGAAAAUGACACCGCUGUAUCAUUGUGCGUUUGCUGUUUGAAUUUCUUAUCAACCAACACGAGACCUCACAGAUGAAGAACUAUUCAUAUGCAGUGUUAUACGUUCAUAUGAGUGAAAAAAAAAAACCCAAAUCUGUCAGUAUAUGAAGCUGCUAAUCACAGUAACUGUCACAUUUCUAUGGUUUUCAUUGAAAAAUUCGAAAACUAUUUCUGGGCCUUUUGUGAAAGGGAAAGCU